CUCGCCUCGCCCCUCGCCAUCCAUGCCUUCGCCUGUCCUGCCCGCGUCGCCCAGCAAGCUCGGGCAGCUUACCGUCCAACAGCUCUGGGAGCUCCUCGCCCCCGUGACCGCGCACCCACACUCCCCGCGCGGCGCGUUCACCAACUGGGGGCUGACGUUCGCCUGCAGACCGCUGUGCGUGUUCGAGCCGGAGACCGAGGCCCAGUGCGCGCUCGUGCUCGAGCUCGCGCGACGCGAGGGCAAGAAGGUGCGUGUCGCGGGCGUAGGCCACAGUCCGAGCGACCUCGCGUGCACGUCCGAGUACAUGUUGCGCACGGAAAAGCUCGACGAGGUCAUCGAGGUCAGCCGCGAGAAACACUACAUCAUCGCCCAGGCCGGCAUCACCCUCAACGCCCUCCACGACGUCCUCGCCCAGCAUGGCCUCGCCAUGAAGAACCUCGGCUCCAUCUCAGACCAGACCCUCGGCGGCGUCGUCACCACCGCGACCCACGGCUCGGGCAUCGACUAUCCCGUCAUCUCCAUGGACGUCCGCGCGCUCGUCCUCCUCCUCGCCGACGGCUCGCGCGUCCGCUGCUCGCGGCAGGAGAACCCCGAUCUCUUCAUGGCGUCCAUCUGCGGCCUGGGCAGCACCGGCCUCAUCCUCGAGGUGACGCUCGACGUAGAACCCGCGUUCCGCCUCAAGGAGGUCCAAGAGACGCAUCCGUUCGAAGAUGUCGUAAGGGACCUGGAUUCUGUCGCCCGGGCAGCAGAGCACGUCCGCCUCUGGUGGUUCCCCCACGCCGGCGUUAUCCGGGUCAGCUCCUCGAACCGGACGCACGAGGUACGUCCGGCAGCGCUCUACCCUCGCCGACCGAUCUACACCUGGCUGUGGCACUCGCUCGUGGGAUACCACCUCCUCCAGUUCCUCUUCUUCCUCGGGCGUUACCUGCCGAAUGUCAAUAAUUUCGUCGGCCGACUCGGAGCUUGGCUCGUUUCGGACAGAACGGUUGCUGUCGAUGACAGCCAUCGCAUCUUCAACGUCGACUGCAAGUACCCUCAAUACACCACAGAAUGGGCGAUACCUUACGAUCACACUCAGGCCUGUCUCCGCGAACUGAGGGCGUGGCUCGACGAAGAGCUGGCUGCCCCCUCGGGGCUCCGGCCCCAUUUCCCUGUCGAGAUCAGGUUUUCGGAUGCGGACGACAUCUGGCUCAGUCCUAGCAACGGCCAGAAGACGACUUGGAUAGGGCUCAUUCAGUACAAGCCGUACGGCACCAACGUCCCCUACCGGAAGCUCUUCGCCCGGUUCGAGCAAUUCAUGCUCCGGCACGCCGGGAGGCCGCACUGGGCCAAGACGCACCCGCUGCGGCCCGACGACCUGCGCGCGAGCUACCCGCGCUUCGACGACUUCGUUGCGCUCGUCGCCCGCGUCGACCCCCACGGCGUCUUCCGCAACCCGUACGUCGAACGCCACUUCUUUGGGAAGCAGGGCCCGCAGUACGACGCCCGCGUCUUCAAGGCUCGGGCCCUCUGAGUUGAGCGAGGGCUAGCUCGUUGUUGGGCGGUGCCGUGCAUGCCCGUGCGCGCGUCUGGGGCUACCAGAAGGACGUUCGUGCACCGACGAGCUCGACGCCUGCGGUCGCUGCACCGGAUCUCCUCUCCAUCUUAUCAUAUCAGUGAGCCAGUGCGGUCGUGUAUCCUAAACAUAUCUUGAUAUCUUGCCUGCAUAUUUACCCGUAUUUCCCUAUCCCUAUCGGCGAGUAAUACCCCUUCGCUCCUCGAUGCCUCUCACAUACGUCUUGCGUCCCCCACAUCUGCUCUCCACAUACGCGGCCAUCGUUCUCCAUAUACGUGUAGACCCCUAAUGCGCGCGAAUGCUGUAAUAGUGCGUAGUCCCCCUUGCAUAGCCCCCCUCGCGGCGCUGUCGCCCUCGCCGUCUUGCUCUUCUGUGUCUUUUUAGUUAGCCCCCCCACCCGCCCCGCGUCUUGUCACCCUGUGCCCUUGCAGGAUUGCCCCGUUGUUGCUGUGUAUGUAUCCUAAUCUUAUGUCCCCC